GGGAGUGUGUGUGUGUGUGUGAGAGAGAGAGAGAGAGAGAGAGACGGAUAAAGAGUGUUAAAGGGGGACGAAGUGAACGUCUGGCAGUCUGAAGACCCUCAGAGCAGCGAGCAGUGUCGGAGUUAAAGGUAGAGUCUAGAAGUCUCCCUGAGCUCGAGAUGACUCAGAUAGAGAACAUGCUGCCGUACGACAACGGCUACGACCAGGACGAGUACAUGAUGCAGGAGGAGGAGUGGGACAGAGACCUGCUGCUGGACCCGGCCUGGGAGAAACAGCAGCGCAAGACGUUUACUGCAUGGUGUAAUUCCCAUCUGCGAAAGGCUGGCGUUCAGAUUGAGAACAUCGAGGAAGACUUCAGAAACGGCCUCAAACUCAUGCUGCUGCUCGAGGUCAUCUCAGGAGAGAGGUUACCCAAGCCUGACAGAGGUAAAAUGCGAUUUCACAAGAUAGCCAACGUCAACAAAGCUCUCGAUUUCAUCACCAGCAAAGGAGUCAAGCUUGUUUCAAUUGGAGCUGAAGAAAUUGUGGAUGGAAAUGUUAAGAUGACUCUUGGAAUGAUCUGGACCAUCAUCCUCCGAUUUGCCAUCCAAGACAUCUCAGUGGAAGAAACCUCUGCUAAAGAAGGCCUGCUGUUGUGGUGCCAGAGGAAGACCGCCCCCUACAGGAAUGUCAAUAUACAGAACUUCCAUGUCAGCUGGAAGGAUGGCCUAGCGUUCUGCGCCCUCAUACACAGGCACAGGCCUGACCUCAUCGACUACGCCAAGCUCAACAAGGACGAUGCUCUUGGUAAUCUGAAUCUGGCGUUUGACAUCGCUGAGAAGCAUCUCGACAUCCCUAAAAUGCUGGAUGCAGAAGACAUUGUGAACACCCCUAAACCUGAUGAGAGAGCCAUAAUGACCUAUGUGUCCUGCUUCUACCAUGCUUUCGCUGGAGCAGAGCAGGCUGAGACUGCUGCUAACAGGAUCUGUAAAGUAUUGGGGGUGAAUCAGGAGAACGAGAAACUGAUGGAGGAGUACGAGAGACUGGCCUCUGAGCUGUUGGAGUGGAUCAGGCGUACCACCCCGUGGCUGGAGAACCGCGCGUCGGAGAAGACCAUGGCGCUGAUGCAGCGUAAGCUGGAGGACUUUCGUGAUUACCGCCGCAUGCACAAACCGCCCAAAGUGCAGGAGAAGUGCCAGCUGGAGAUUAACUUCAACACCCUGCAGACCAAACUGCGCAUUAGUAACAGGCCUGCGUUCAUGCCUUCCGAGGGCAAGAUGGUGUCGGAUAUAGCGAGUGCGUGGCAAGGUCUGGAGCAGGCGGAGAAGGGUUACGAGGAGUGGCUGCUGACAGAGAUCCGCAGACUUCAGAGAGUCGACCACCUGGCUGAGAAAUUCCGCCAAAAAGCCACCAGCCAUGAGACCUGGGCCUCAGGUAAAGAGGAGAUUUUGACCCGGAAGGACUACGAAUCCGCCUCCUUAAUGGAAAUUCGAGCGUUGCUGCGGAAACAUGAGGCGUUUGAGAGCGACCUGUCAGCUCAUCAGGACAGAGUGGAGCAAAUCGCCGCCAUCGCACAGGAACUCAAUGAGUUGGACUAUCAUGAUGUGGCUGCGGUGAAUCAGAGGUGUCAGAGUAUCUGUGAUGUUUGGGACCAUCUCGGGACGCUCACCCAGAAACGCAGAGAGGCACUGGAGAGGACCGAGAAGCUGCUGGAGACGGUGGAGCAGCUGUUCCUCGAGUAUGCGAAGAGAUCAGCUCCCUUCAACAGCUGGCUGGAGGGAGCCAUGGAGGACCUGCAGGACAUGUUCAUAGUGCACACCAUCGAGGAGGUCCAGAGUCUAUUGGCGGCUCAUGAGCAGUUUAAGUCCACUCUGCCAGAAGCGGACGCAGAAAGGCAGGCCAUACUGGGCAUCCAGCAGGAAGUGCAGAAGAUCUUCCACAGUUACGGUAUUCAUGGCAACCUCACCAACCCCUACAGCACCAUCAGCCCUGAGGAGAUCCUGAGCAAGUGGGAAAAGGUGAAGAAGCUGGUUCCUCAGAGAGAUGGCGCUCUGCAGGAGGAGUUAGCGCGGCAGCACGGUAACGAGAGGCUGCGGCGGCAGUUUGCUGCUCAGGCCAACCUUAUCGGGCCCUGGAUACAGACCAGGAUGGAGGAGAUUGGACGCUGCUCUCUAGAGAUCGGAGGUACUUUAGAGGAUCAGAUGACUCAGCUGAAGCAGUACGAGCAUGUGAUCGUCAGCUACAAACCCAACAUCGACAAACUAGAGGGAGACCACCAGCUCAUCCAGGAGUCCCUCAUAUUUGACAACAAACACACCAACUACACCAUGGAGCAUAUCCGUGUUGGUUGGGAGCUGCUCCUGACGACCGUCGCUCGCACCAUCAACGACAUCGAGACUCAGAUUCUGACCCGCGACGCUAAAGGCAUCAGCCAGGAGCAGAUGAAUGAGUUCCGCUCCUCCUUUAACCACUUCGACCGGAAGAAGAACGGAGCGAUGGACACCGAUGACUUUAGGGCCUGUCUCAUCUCCAUGGGCUACGACCUGGGCGAGGUGGAGUUUGCCCGGAUCAUGAUGCUGGUUGACCCGAACGCGACGGGGGUCGUGACUUUCCAGUCUUUCAUCGACUUCAUGACCAGAGAGACCGCGGACACUGACACGUCCGAGCAGGUCGUCGCUUCCUUCAGGAUCCUUGCUGCAGACAAGCCAUAUAUCCUGAUAGAUGAGCUGAGGAGAGAGCUGCCCCGGGACCAGGCUGAGUACUGCAUCUCCAGAAUGCCGCCCUACACCGGUCCUGGGGCCGUCCCGGGAGCCCUGGACUAUACCGCCUUCUCCACCGCCCUCUACGGAGAGAGUGACCUUUAA